AUGUCUCCAUCAGCACUGCUAAGCCUACCAAAGGAACUUAGACUGCUCAUCUUCGAGCAUGCUCUAUCCGACGACAGACCCAUCACCAUCGGCUUGCCAUCGUCCGUGCCGUGGGAGGGCAGGCCACAGCGAUACCAUCCGCCCCUGGCCGAAGUCAGCAACUUGACCAGACAUGAAUGCCUGCCCAUCUUCUAUCAAGACAAGACCGUCAUCUUAGUACUGCGAUACAAAGAAGGUCGCCAACAAGUCGAACAAUGGUUCAAGACUCUUAGCACGAAUGCUGCAAUUCGCAAGCAUAUACGCUACGUCUCCAUCCAAUAUUUCGAGCAGCCACAUCGGUCGACAGCUAUGCUUGUUGACUUGAAGACGUUUGACAUUAUCAACAGGGAGUCCUGGAUCCAUCCUCUGCUCGGCAGGCCGCUAAAAACUUUGCAGGCGGUCGAGAGCGCGCUGCAGACCGCGGCUACCAGGUCACACGCAGCGAUGACUGACGAGUACAUUCCUGAAGUCCUGCGUGAACUGGUCAGAGUGAUGACUGAGCCAUUACAGCGAUCCCGCUUGGUCCUCCGUGAAAGCAUGGCCAACACAAGACUGCACGGCUAUACGGACUUCCAGCUACGCUUCGAGGAAUAUGUCCUCUCUGGCGAGCCUCUACUUGGGGUUGGCGGCUACUAUCAUGACUUCAGCUGUGUGCCAACCGAGAUCUAUGGCGCAGUCGCAGCGAAGCAGACCACCCCACACGCCAUAACUUUCGUCUCGCGGCAGAUCCGAGCGGAGGCCUUGUCGCUCUCCUACCAUCUCAACCAAUUCAUACUUGUAGUACACUACCGUCAUGCGAGGAACGAAGCCGAUAAGUGGCUGGCAUCUGUGGCUGCGAAUCUUUCCAUCGGCGCUAACCUGAGAAAGUUCACCAUUCUUCACUGCUUCGGUAUGCUGGACCACAAAGGCAUCAUCGACAUUGAUCUGAAGAGCUCUCGUAUGUUUGGGCCAAGAUUGUGGUGUAGGUCCAUUCCUCAAUCUGUGAGGGUCAAGGUCGAGACUAUCACCGAGCGUGCCUCAGGUGCCGGCGUAUCAGAUGCUGGCAUGGUCGUGACGACCCUGGGACACUCGUGGACAUACUGGAAGCAUGAUCUAUGGCAUCACUCACGCCCGGUUGAUGUCAGCAAGCGAUUUGUCGGUACCGACCACACUUCUCUACGAAGCCGAACACGACAGACGUAG